GAACAACUCCAGUUGGCACAAACCUAAUUCUCAGUAUAUUUGCGCAAAAUACUUGAAAAACUUGCACAAUUAAAUAUACACGGAUACUCAGGAUGAAAAUGGACAAGAAGAACAAACAAACAAAAAUAUAAAAUUGUCAAAAGUUAUUUGCUAAAAAAAAUCGUCUUCCUUCAUCUAAUAGUGUGUAAGUUUUGGAAAAAUAAUUAAUUGACGUCAUGUUUUUUCAAAACAAUAAACGGGACAGGAAAAUAUUUCAAUGUGUGAUUAUCAUAAAUACUAUUAUUCUCAUCUCACUUGUCUUUUAUGCGGACAGCGUAAUUUUCCUCUCCUGCAUUAAUGGUUUCGACGUGAUUUCUAACCUAGGAAAUGCUGACAAGGAGGACAAAAUGCAAUUAGACGACUCCUCGGUUAACAAAGUUAAUUGGAUGAGCCUCUUUGCUUGGUCACUUUGUUUAAGUGUGAUUAUUGUUCUUAUCGGGAUCCAGAUCACGGUAGAUGUGAAUAUGCUGAACACACCCGAUGAGAAUGAACAUAUUAGGAUUGACGAUGUCGCAUCAUGGAUUAUAAUGUCCACCUGGUUUCUAAUCUUAUCCACUCUGAUUUUUACGUUUUCAAUUUUCUUCAACCCACGACGCCAUUAUUCGAGUUCUCCCACAUCUGAUGACAUAUUAGACUACGAUACUCCCCCAAAAUUAAAUCCAGUUACGAUAUUCAUCCUCGGAUUUGGUGGCCUCAUUCUUCGAUUUGUUCAACUUUACAUGGGUCACAGGUAUCUGGCUUGGGUGAAAGCAGGGGCUUGCCACGGGAACAGGAGGAUAAUGGACAAUGGAGGUCUCGUUUAAGAUUUAAAUAGAAUUAUGAUAAGCUGCCAUUAUUAUCAAAAAUAAAAUUGAUUGGACGAAUAAACAAGCAUUUAAGCUUAUCCAUUUAUACUGCAUAA